CUUAGUAUACCUAAAAACACCAAGACGAGGAGGAUGGGAAUUGCACUCGCUGUUCUGGCCAUCAUCCUGAUGGCCUUCAAUCCCUUGGAUGCUUCCCAGUUCAACCGGGAUGAAAGUCAGGAGGAGCAGAAGACGGAGUUUAACCUGGCAUCCACAUUGACGGGUGGGAUCACCAGCAGUCGCCAUCGCCAGCGGGCCAAUCUCAACUCGCAGCUCUAUCCGGCAUUGAAUCAGUUGGGAGGAGGUUACGCGGGAGCCACUGGAUCCAUCGACGACGCCCACGGCCACGAGCAGGGUGGCUCUGGAGUGCGAGUGGCCAGUACGAACUCUGUAGUCUUUCCCGGCAGCCACUCACCCAAUCCGGCACUCACAAUUACAGGAGGACACCAGUAUCCAAACUAUCCGCCUCCAGGAUUCCCAGGUCAACAGGCUCCGGUUCCGUAUCCCGCUGCAGGAGGAGGUUCUUCCGGAGGGGCCGUUUCUGGUGGCUUCCAAGGUUCAGGCGCUGCUGUUUCUCCUGGUUAUCCAGCUCCAGCUCAGGUUCCCUCUGGAGUUCCUCCCCAGCAGCCAGUUGGAAUAGGAGCUCCUGGGUAUUAUCCAGGAACUGGCGCUUAUCCUGGCUAUCCCUAUCCCGGAAUUUACUUGCAACAGUACCCUGGCUACCCGCAGCCAGCUCAAUUUCCGCCUUAUGGAGUGCUACCUGGCGCUGUAGUUCAGCCAGGAGUAGCUGGUGUUCCAGGAGUAGCUGGUGUUCCAGGAGUAGCUGGUGUACCAGGAGUAGCUGGUGUACCAGGAGUAGCUGGUGUUCCUGGAGCUGCAGGAGUUCCUCCACCGGCCACAAGCAGCCAGAACAUCCAUCGCUACCCGAACCACAAUCCGGCGGGACCCGAGCACUGGGAUCACCACUUCUCGAUGAACACCGAGUACAAGGAGGAUGGCGUCCACAAGGGACCCUUCGGAGUGCUGAACAACCACAAUGCCUUCGGCUACGGAAGCGGUUAUGGGGGCGGCUACAACGGCGCCUUCAACUCGCCGGCCUACUGAAGCUGGACGGGAUUAGGGAUCGUGAUGAGGCGUGGAGAAAUCCGAGUCGUAGUCAUAAGUUGCCUGCUCCCUCUUUCUGGCCAAAGGGCAGCUGUCUUUGGCUACGAAACUACAAACUUGAUUUCUGCACACCCAGCCGAGGUAAUUAGCAAUGCUGGUCAGUUGCCAGUUACCAGUUACCAGUUACCGGUGACCAGUUGCACCUUGAACCGGAAAAAAUAAAGCACAUGCAUUUCGGGAUUCGGCAUUCGGCUCCCAUAAAGACAGAUAACCUUA